AUGAACAAUUUUCCAAACAUUGAAGCAUCCGGCGAAGACGCUGAUAACUUUGUAGACAGUUUUGAAGAAUUUACUGAAGGAACUACAGAACAUAAUCCCGAUUUAGAUGGAAGCAACGAUGAGUUUGCUGAAUUCGAAGACGCUACUUUUGAACUUGCAACAGAUUUACCUGAAGAACAAAAAUCUAGUGGGUCGACUCUA